GCAAAGCUUGGUGGGAAGGUGGUGGCAGUAAUCGCAGGAAGAGCAGAGCUCUCCCGAGCGCUUAUCAGAAGCCAGCUCAGAAGUUGACAGAGAAUAAGAGCUUCCAGCCUCCUAUCUUCCUGAAAUGUGGCCCUCUGCUCCGCUACACAGGACUGAAGCGAGUCAGUAUUGACGGACCAAGCGGUCCUUUCGACAAGGAGACUUGGAGGGGUAGUAUUAUGAUCGUCACCAAAGAUUCACGCUCUUCCUAUGAGCCACCGCCCACUCUGAGGUUAUUUUCUCAGCCGAUGGAUCUCCUGCCGCCUCCGCCUGUCGAAGUCAGUGGCGCUCAGCUUGCACCAGAGUACGUCGAUCCCACAGCAGGUCUCAUGAAGCUGGGUAGGGACGGCAGGCCACUUUAUGUCAAGCCAAUCGACCAUACCGAGGAAGGAGUGGAUUUGUCAUUCGUGGAGAAUGACGAUGGAAUCUACGAGAUGUCCCCCAGUAACCUGCACUAUAGCAGUGACGGCGUCAAGCAGUCGAUCCCCGCCAACAGGCUUCAUCCCGUGGACGGAGAAACAGUGGGAACAUACAAAGAAAUUCCCGGAGCGCGCUUGUACGCCGACUCAGCUCGAGAUGUCACAUUCUGGAGGUUCAACAUUGAAAUAGAACUAGGCGAGAGGCAACAACGAAUCGCAUACCGCUUGAACCACGGACCGGCCUUGGGAUUCUGGGUACCGGCCAGAGGGCAGUCUAUGAACAUUAUGUUCCAUAGCUGCAAUGGUUUCAGCCUAGGAGUUGAUUCCAACAAAUUCUGCGGUCCUGACCCUCUCUGGCGCGACGUAUUGAAUGAGCAUCAGACUCGCCCUUUCCACGUCAUAAUCGGGGGCGGUGACCAGAUCUUCAACGACAACGUUAUGGUGGAAUCGCCCCGAUUCCAAGAAUGGAUCAAGAUAAAGAACCUGACUGACAAGUACGACAUGCCAUUUGACCCAGAAUUUAGAGCUGAGAUAGAAAGCUUCUACCUCGAGAACUACUCGGCUUGGUUUUCCCAGGGCCUUUUCUCACUGGCCAAUUCCCAAAUCCCAAUGGUCAAUAUCUGGAACGAUCACGACAUCAUUGAAGGUUUCGGUUCGUAUCCGGACGAGUUCAUGGCUACACCGGUGAUUUCGGGACUGGGUAGAAUAGCGUUCAAGUACUAUCUGCUCUUCCAGCAUCACAGCGUAACUGAAGAGACAGAAGCAGAUGAGCCUAGCUGGCUGCUUGGUGCGCAGCUGGGACCCUAUAUCAACCAGCGAAGUCGAAACGUGUUCAUGUCUAUGGGCAAGGAAGUAGCUUUUCUGGGGUUGGAUUGCAGGACGGAGCGACUGAGUGACGAGAUACUCAGCGAGCAGACGUGUGAUUUGAUCUGGGACCGAUGCCACCGUGAGAUUGUUCGUGGAGAAACCAAGCAUCUGAUAGUGCUCUCGAGCGUUCCCGUCGCAUAUCCAAGAAUGGCAAUGCUCAAAAACAUUCUCAAUAGUCGCAAAUCGCUGGGGAAGGCCGGGCUUUUCGGAGGCUUCGUAAACAAGAACGGCAGCAAGGUAGAGAUAUUCGACGAUCACUGGACGGCUAAACACCACAAAGCCGAACGCACCUAUCUGCUUGAGGACCUCCAAGACCUUGCAGCAGAAAAGUCGGUUCGGGUGACUAUCUUGAGCGGCGAUGUCCAUCUGGCAGCCAUCGGACAAUUCUACUCCAAUCCUAAACUCAACCUGCCCAAAGACAAGGAUUACCGAUACAUGCCGAAUGUCAUAUCUUCUGCGAUUGCAGACAUGCCAGAGGCCGAAAUGGUAUCGGACAUGCUGAACAAGAGAAACCACAUUCACCACAUGGACACGAACACAGAUGAAGACAUGAUCCCCAUCUUCACGCACGACGUCAACAACAAGCCGCGUAACAACAAGCGCUUGCUUCCACGCCGAAAUUGGUGCGCAAUCCGAGAGUAUCAACCCGGCUCCACACCUCCAGGUACGCCGGAAUCCGAAGAGGCCCCUCCACCGGCUGAGGAGCCGCGUCCGGGUAUACUGCAGAGGACUCUGUCCUUAGGACGAGGUGACAGACCUCAGGGUGGUUUGCUGCGACAGCUCUCGCUGCGUGGACCCCCACCGGCUGAGGAGCCGCAUCCGGGUAAACUGCAGAGGACUCUGUCCUUAGGGCGAGGUGACAGACCUCAGGGUGGUUUGCUGCGACGGCUCUCCCAGCGUGGACCUCCACCGACAAAAGAAUUUAAUAUUGGAAAUGCACCUGGUCGCGGUACGAGUAUGGACGGACCAUUUCCUCCCACUGAUGCCGAAGGCGGUUAUUUCCCUGCUCCUGCAUCAGAAUUUCGCCCAGGCCCCUUCCACCGUCGCCCUACGAGUUUGAGCCAGAAGGCAGCCAAGAAAACUGCGAAAAGGGGCGACGACGGUGUAGGCGCAUAUGUCAAUCUGGAGAAGGGUCUAGCUAUCACGCUCAACCUGGAGCUGAGCCCACAAGAUCCAUCAGGUAUCACGACGCCGUACAAGCUCCUUGUGCCCAUGCUGCGUUAUGAAGGCACUGAAUACGAUCCCCCGGCCAACCCGGUUGCCAAAGGUUGGAAGAAAUGGUUGGCUGUCGGGCGUAAGAAAGAGCGUGGCUUCGCCAAGGAUGUCCCUGGUGAUGUGGAGGAUACUGAUUACGAUGAUGACCCUGACUAUGAAGACUAUGCGGGAAGUGAUCUCGAUGAGCCUGGUGAGAGGCUGCCGGAGGAAAUGGGCCACAUGGGUCAUGCACCAGCACAUGCACCAGUACCGGGGCCCGUCAAUGAUUGGCCGGAGGAGACUAUGAAGCGGAAGAAGAAAUGGUUUGGACGAUUGGUAUGAACUUACGAUGACCUUUCAUGACUCUUGACGAUUGAAUGCCUUAUGAAUUUUUCACGCUUGACAUGUGCUCCCUAAACUUGUUAUUUUGUACAUAAUUGAUUGUCCCACGCAUGGUCUUGAGGGUCUUCAUUUGAUGUUAAUCGAGGCUCCAUGUUAUCACCCAUGCAGUUAGUUAUGAAGACAUGCUUAGGUAAUGAGGU